GCGAAGGGGAUGGAUGUCUGAGCGGCGCGCGUUUCGAUAUUAGCUUAGUUUACCUUGCAAAAGUUCGAAGCAAUUGAAUCUGCCUUUUUUUUUAGACUUGGAUCUAGUUAUUUCUCCUCUUUCCUUUAUAACCCGUCCUCUAGUUUAAACUUUCCUAAGACAGAAGAAGAAAAUCUUUCUAAGCGAGAAACUUGACUUUGAGAAUUUGUUCGAUGGAAUAAUUUUUUAGAUGACUUUAUUUAUGAAAAAUUUCUUGGGCAUCUCGUCUUGCUUGCUGGGAGAGAGGAAGCUUCCGGACCACCUUUUUCAGCUGGUUAUUCCUAUUUGUUUCUAUCUAUUGGUGGGGGAAACUCGAAAGGGUCGCCUUUUGAAGCGUUCAGUGUACCAUCUAAUUUCCUCUGUAUAUCACAACCCAUCCAACUCAGCCCAUAUAACCCAACAAUAAAACCCAACCGAUAAACCCUGAUUGAGACAAUUUCAAAAACCUCAACAAAAGCAUUGCGCUGCCUGUUUAGAAUGUUAAAACACCCGCCCAAACGACAAUGAAUUCAGUGUACAGAGCAGUCUGUUCUUCCCGGAGAAACUCUGCUCUCCGAUUCCUAUCACAAUCAUCGUCUUCUUUUUCAUCAUCAUCAUCAUCAUCAUGUGAUUGGCCUAGACCUAAAGAGAUUCCUUUUCAGACUAAGGUUGCCAAUUCUGUUCAUUUGAUUGGUUACAUAAGCGAACAUAUCCAGUUUCAUGCUGAUAAAUUUGUAGCCACUACUGUUAUUUCUCAAUCUGACUCCCCUAAUUUCAGGAUUCCAGUAACAUUUGAAGGUGAUUUGGCUCAUGCUGCUGCUUCCCAUUUGAAAAAAGAUGAUCAUAUUUACAUUGCUGGACAGCUAACUGCAGAACCCCUUCAUAUUGAUGUUUCUCAGGAUCAAGCUCCAGUUAGGAUUACGGUAAACAGUAUCAACUUUAUAGAAGGUUCUUCACAAAUUAGGAAAAGCUGGAGACAUAAGCAGAAAAAAGAAGACUAUUUGCCUGAGCAACCUGCAGAAAAGGAGCCCUUAAAGAAUUUUGCAAUUGCAGAGGAUGAUUUAAAAGCUGAACAGUCGUGGAAAGAUCUUUUGAUGUCACCCCAUGAAUGGUGGGACGUCAGAUCAGAAGUGGGCAAUCCAAAGGGUGCAGUAUUUGAAAGAAAGAACAAUAAAGAAUUACUUUGUAUUGACCACACCACACCCAAAUGGAUUCUAGAGAAGCUAGAGGCUGUGACAUUUGAUACGAAAACCACUGCGAAAGGUGGAAUAGAUUACAUGAUAAAAAAUGGUGAUUCUUUGUUAAAUUCCUGGAGAGACCUCCAUGAAAAUCCAAAAGAGUGGUAUGACUACCGCAGUAGUAAGCUGAAUGGAUCGGUGAAUCCAAAACAUCCUGAUUUUAAAAGCAAGGAUGGUGGUCUACCUCUGUGGCUUAAUAUGGCACCAAGGUGGGUUGUGUCAAAACUUGAAAUGGUGGAGUUUGAUGCGCAAAGUCCUAAAUCAAAACAAGUGAAGCAGCAUAAAGGUGAUGAAUAUUGGACGGAGUUGGUAGAUAACCCGAAUAAAUGGUGGGACAACAGAUCAAAUAAGAGAAAUGUGAAAGCUCCCGACUUCAAGCACAAGGAGACUGGUGUAGGACUGUGGCUUACUGAUUCACCAGCUUGGGUCAUCCUAAAGUUGCCACCCUUGAAGGAUCAAAAUAUUGGUACCACCACAAUGCUUUCUUGAGCCAUUCAUCAACUCCUUACAUUUGGUAGCUGCAUUGCUGUUUCCUUACUUCACUGCAAUACGAGAAGACCAUCUUGUUCGACAACAACAUGCUCAAGAAUAUGUUGCAAACUGUCGAACAAAACUUCAAGUUGUGAUUAAAGCCAUCGGAUUGAUCAGCCUGUACUAAAGUUUGUUAUUCAUAUGGAAAAAUAUCUAAAUAUACCCUCUAUGUUUACUACGAGGAACAUAUAACCCCUUUGUGUAACUUAUGGAGGUACAGCACGCCUAAUGCUAUAAAACUGUCUCUAUUAGUUUGUCUCGAA